UCUGUUUCCAACGUGUUACAGCGGCUUUGAUAACAACAUUGAUAGUCUCAUAAGAAGACUUCUACGAUCAGUUAUUCACUGAGUUCGCCGGAGUUAACGGGUCACACCGCAGAGACAGCAUCACCAUGAGAUUCUUCCAUCCACUGUAUCUUCUGUUGUUGCUGCUGGCAGCACUGCUCAUCACCAGCGCGGAGAAAAAAGGUACAAAACCGUUAACACCUGAAGACGACUUUUUAAAGACAGAUUUUCUGAACCUCAGGCGGAAAUAUCGCAGACAUUGCCCGAAAAAGCGGUGUCUACCUCUUCACUCCAGAGUACCAUUCCCUUGAGUUAAACACAUAGGUCAAACUGAAGAGAAACCUCAACACAACCAUGUUAAACCAUCUAUCGGGUGCUUUGGACAUCAAGAGCCAAACAGCUGGAUUACAUUUUAACAAUGUCAAGGAAACAAAUUAAAACACUCACAAAGGACUGAUAUAUCCCCUGUAACUAACUCAGUCGAGUGAGUGUUGGUGAGCAAGCCGUGAAGACAUCCGCUCCAAUCAAAGAUUCUGCAUGCUCAUCGCUCCAUCCGUUUGAGUUUGCCAGAUUCAUUGUAAAUAGUAUGAAAUGUGUUUAUAUGUAAGUUAUGCACUUGAAAUGUUUUAUUAUU